GAUAUCACCGUCGGGGAUUUUUCUUAGUAUGCGAAUCCCUGAUGUAACUUCCUAUACAGGUGGUUUUUGCGAUGUCUCUCACUGAAGUAAAGUUCGUUGGAAUUCCAAUCGUGCAGUCACCAGAUGAAGACAUCAAUAUUGAUCUCAUCUACUCACCUCGCUUCGCACCACAAGCAGAUGACGUAGUUCUAUUGCUACCUGUUGGUUGGAAGACUUUAGAUCAACACGUAGCUGUAUUAGGAACAGACGGAAAAUCUAGUUUGAGAGUCAAAUCGAAUGUGUUUGGAGAAGAGGCUGGUGCGGCUGGUAUCUCAUUUCACUUUGUCUAUGUACAGCAACGAGUCCCCGUCGGAAUGAGCGAUCCUUUCGUUGUGGACACCCCGUUUGAUGAAGAAUCUUUACAUGACGAAUCUCUUGAUAUUGAUUUGGUUGUCAUCAAUCGAACAACUACGUAUACAGCCACGACAGGUUUGUAUGACGAGAGCAGUGAAGAAUCGAUGUUGCAAGAUUUUGUAGGGACUGAUGUCCAUCUUAAAGAUAGGAAAGAUGAACGUAUUAAAAAUGAAGCGCGUGUAUUGCGUGUCAGCACCGCUGAGGAAUCUGAAUCUGUGAGUAGUCAAAGUCUAGAUGAGCAAUCAAGGGGAGAGAGGAAACUCAAAGUUGAUGAAGAUGAAGAAAGUUUUAUCAUUGCUGGUACGCCAUCACCAGAUUCAGAUAGCAGACGAAGUGGUGAGGUACAGUUUAUGAUGAGUAAACUUGUGAACGAGAAAGACGAACUUCAAAAGCUAUUUCAGAAGGAAAGAAACAUCACUAAAGAACAAGAAGUGAGAAACAAAGAUCUUCAACAGAAGAACAAUUUAUUGCUGCAGGAAAACAACAAGUUGAGAGAAACUCUAAGUGAACGACAGUUAGAGUUAAAGAAGCUGCAAGAACAACUUAGUGAUCUGUCUGAUGACAUGAUACUAGAUACUGAAGCACCUCAACAAGGGACCAAUGUUUGCCAAAUGUUAAAUGAUGAAGGAUCUUGUAAUGAAGGAGAACUCUUGACACAGAGUAUGGAAUAUUUGCAGAAUAGUCCAGGAACUUCUGCAUUAUGUAUUAGAACAGAAAUCAUUGCAUUACCUAAACAAUCUGAUGAAGAAACUGGCAAAACAUCCUGCACUUGUAAACACAGUGACCAUUCUUUGAUAGAAAAGUUCAACUGUCCAAUGUGUGAGCAUAAAUUUAUUUCAUCAACUGGAGCAUCAUCAUUUCAACGCCAUGUUCAUCACCACUUUCAUGAAGAAGACAUCUAAAUUUUAAUAGAUUCCGUCUGUAUUGACAAUUUGUAACGUAUACUACUAGAUAGCAACAAGACUUCCUAAUGAACACAGAUCAGUACCGAGUAACUGAAUGUGAAUGAAUAAUAUUUUCCAUUUGAGUAGUA